CGAGGAGACUCUAGAUUAAUACUGUACACGAAGUCUGUUGUUUACCUUCCGCACAAUCUCAACUAACGGUAACUGGCGACCUUUGGGUCGAGAAUCGAAAAUGACCUCUAAUCGAACCGAUCGCCAGCAAGCUAAUGACGACCUGCUGUCCAAACCCCCUAAAACAAACCAUCGCAAGAUACUUGAUAAUCUCCUCGACACCGUGCGAAAGCAGAAGGAGAUUAUGGGACACCUCCUUAGAGAUCUAGAAUUUUUCCGCAAAACAUUCAAGACCUCUUUGGAGUACGACAGCGGCGCAGGAGACUAUCGCGAGGAGACAGCAGACGGGACAGAAUUUGAUAUCAGAUCUAGUACGGAUGCUGGGGAUGGAACAAUCAAGGAAGAGACAGUAGUGGACUAUAUCGGGUACAGAAUUGCUAUGGACAACUUUCAACUAGGUUUUGAUAAGACGAAAAACCGAAUUGAGGAAAUUUGGAAAGAUGUUGAUGUGGACAGGGGUUCCCUAAAGAUGCAGAAAGUCUUUGUGGAUAGUCUUGAGAAAGGUCGCAAGGCUGCAACCCAAGAGUAA